AUGAUAAAUCAAUCGGGCAAAAAAACAGGGGGUCGGCCCCCAGGUUCUCUGGGAUACAACAUCGCAGAGUGUAUGUUGUUAGUUGAGGCCGUCAAAACUGUUCUCCCCUUAGGAAAUCAAGACUGGCUCUCAGUAGCCGAUCAAUACAACACCAAAGUUCUUCUUCUAAACCGACCCAAACAAGAGGCCGACAACUUGAAGCAAAAGUUCAAGGGCCUUGCUCAAUCCCAAAAGCCCACUGGCAACGCAACCUGCCCAGAACAUAUUUGCGAGGCAAAACGUGUCAAUGCUCUUAUCAAUGAGAAGGCUAACGAGUGUGCCUUGGGGAGUCUCUCCAGUGGAGAUGAAAGGAACGGUGUAGGCGCUGAUGUUCUUUCAAGCGACAACAACGAUGUUGACAUGAAUGAAUCCCCCGGAACUGGCAAGCUUGAGUCCGGUCAACAGGAAGGUGCAAGCUCAGCCCGACCGUCCCCAAUUACGAGUGUCAAUCCAAGAUCUAGAGGCCGACCUGGCAAUCAGUUGGAGAGCAGGCUGAAUAGCUUCCUCGAUAUGGAUGCCCGGAAGGAGCAGGAGCACAAGCAAUCCCUUGCGUCUUUCUAUUCAGCCCAACUGAUGGAGGCAAACGCAACCAUACGAGAUUUGCAAUCUGAGCUUGCUCGAGUGCGCGGUGGGAUCCAAUCGGAUGUUGUUCAGCUACAGGAGGAAAAGCACCGACUGGAACUUGAGAAUACAUCUUUGAAAUCAAAGAUUGAAGUUUUACAGCUCCGGGCCGAGAUGCAACCAAACGCUGUGUGGGGUCAAAUGCAUCCGCAGAUGUUCAAUCAGGGAUUUGCAAUGCAAUCGCUUCCGGUCUUUGGCACUCAUUAUCAGCAGCAACCACCGACUGGUUUGAACCCGCAACUCGCAAAUACCUCUGGUUUGACCCAGCAACCACCGAGUCAGAGUGGUUUAAACCAGACGCAUUCAGAUCCGACUGGCAUGAACCAGCCACAACCAACCAGUUUUAACCACCAGACCGCAACUCCGACCAGCUUAAAUCAGCAACAACCUUCAAUAUUAACUCCGAACCAAGUCGGUUUUCAUCCUCAGCAGCAACCCCAAGGUCAACACCACUUCGGCGGAAUUAGUGAUGCCUUGGAGGCUGAUCCGACUUUCCCUCAUGUGUGA